AUGUCAAAGAAAGGAGCGGCAGCCAAGUCGACUAUUCGCAUGAUCGUUGGUGCUGGAAAGGCCGCUCCAACACCUCCUGUUGGUCCAGCCCUUGGUCAAAAAGGCGUCAAGGCUAUCGACUUUUGCAAACUCUUUAACGACCAAACUAGCCACUACAUUCCAGGCAUUCCUAUCACAACUAUUGUUACUGUCAAUUCUGAUCGUUCCUUUUCUUUCUUCAACAAAAGUCCCCCAGCCACUUGGCUAAUUAAGCAAGCAGCAGGAUUGGAAAAGGGAAGUUCGCAGCCUCGUAUCGUCGAGGUUGGCCAAAUUUCACUGAAACAUAUUUACGAGAUUGCCAAGAUUAAGCAAGGCGAUAUUGCAUUUAAAGGUGUCUCGCUCGAGGCAGUGUGUCGAUCAAUAAUUGCUACGUCUCAAGGAAUGGGAGUUACAGUUAUUCAUUAA